AACAUUGCUCAAACCACACACAGUUUAUUAAUCCGUAAAACGAAGCGAAAAUACUUGUACUUUACACAAUACGAGUACAUUUUUGUCUCUCUCCUCAGUCCUCACCCACCUCCAUUCCAAUUGUAGUAGCUCUCCUCCAUCAAACACACCAUCAAUUCAAAUUCAAUUUGAUGGUGUAACUUUCACUCCAAGAUUUUAAUCAAUCAUUUCUGCAUUUUCAAUAUCUUCUCUUUAAUUCAUCUUCUCUUUAUAUUCUUGAUCAUCUAAAAAAAAAACCUAAAUUUCCAGAAGAUCAUACUAAUGGACAAUAAAAACGUCGUCGUCUGCGAUAAUGGCACCGGGUAUGUUAAGUGUGGAUUUGCUGGAGAGAAUUUUCCGACUUCGGUUUUCCCUUGUGUGGUGGGAAAGCCUAUGCUACGGUAUGACGAAUCAUUGAUGGAACAAGAAUUGAAGGACAUUGUUGUUGGAGAGGCUUGUGCAGACUUGCGAAACCAAUUAGAUAUUACUUAUCCUGUCAACAAUGGUAUUAUUCAGAACUGGGAUGACAUGUGUCAUGUAUGGGAUUAUGCAUUUUUCAAUGAAUUAAAGGUAGAUCCUACAGAAUGUAAAAUUUUGUUGACAGAUCCACCACUGAAUCCAUCAAAAAACCGUGAGCAAAUGGUUGAGACAAUGUUUGAGAGAUACAAUUUCUCUGGUGUCUUUAUCCAAAUCCAAGCUGUCCUAACCCUUUAUGCUCAAGGCUUGCUCACAGGGCUAGUUAUUGAUUCUGGGGAUGGUGUCACUCAUGUGGUUCCUGUUGUUGAUGGUUACUCGUUCCCACAUUUGACAAAGCGAAUGAAUGUGGCAGGGAGGCACAUAACAUCUUACCUUGUGGAUUUGCUCACACGAAGAGGGUAUGCCAUGAACAAGGCAGCUGAUUUUGAAACUGUCAGACAAAUCAAAGAAAAGCUUUGCUAUUGCAGUUAUGAUUACAAACGAGAGUAUCAGUUGGGACUUGAGACCACCAUUCUAAUGAAGAAGUACACACUGCCAGAUGGAAGGGUUAUAAAAGUGGGCACAGAGCGUUUUCAGGCCCCUGAAGCACUUUUCACUCCAGAACUUAUAGAUGUUGAAGGUGAUGGAUUGGCUGAUAUGGUAUUCCGCUGUAUCCAGGAGAUGGAUAUUGAUAAUCGCAUGAUGCUUUAUCAACAUAUUGUUCUCAGUGGGGGGAGCACCAUGUAUCCUGGACUACCAAGUCGGCUGGAGAGGGAAAUUUUGGACCGAUACCUCGAUGUUGUUCUUAAAGGAAACAGAGAUGGAUUGAAGAAGCUGAGAUUAAGGAUAGAAGACCCACCAAGAAGAAAGCAUAUGGUGUACCUUGGAGGUGCAGUUCUCGCUGGAAUAAUGAAGGAUGCACCAGAGUUUUGGAUCAGUAGGCAAGAUUAUCUGGAGGAAGGAGUUGGCUGUCUGAGCAAGUGUGGCCAAGCAUAAUUGAUCUGUUCGCUUCUUCAACUCGAGCAAAUAGCAGGUUUUCCACCUCUGUUUACUUCCUCGACUUGAACAGAAACGGGUUCAGCUAAUCAAGUGGAACGGGAAAGGUUGUGUUACAGACUAUAUAUUAGUGAUGAAACAUUCAAUUAUAACAUUUUUUUGGAAAAUUAUUGUUGUAGUUUCUAUUUUUGCCUUGUAACAAAAGACACUACUAUAUGGUGUGGGAGGUAUGGGGUUUUCAGUGACCAUGCUCAAUAGUGACUAAACAGUUCUUUUUGUAAUAACUCAAGCAAGUGGAGCACUUUUGUAUUGACUUGUAUAACAAUUUCUACGAUUGUACACGAUUGGCUUCAUUCUUCCUACCUGAUUA